AUGGCCGGGAAAGGUGAAGGUCCGGCGAUCGGAAUCGACCUAGGUACGACGUACUCGUGCGUCGGAGUAUGGCAGCAUGACCGUGUUGAGAUCAUCGCUAAUGAUCAGGGCAACAGGACGACUCCGUCUUACGUUGCGUUUACGGAUAGCGAGCGUCUUAUUGGUGAUGCUGCUAAAAAUCAGGUCGCUAUGAAUCCUAUGAACACCGUCUUUGAUGCAAAGCGAUUAAUCGGUAGGAGAUACAGUGACACAUCUGUGCAGGACGACAUGAAGCUGUGGCCAUUCAAGGUUACAGCUGGGCCUUCAGACAAGCCCAUGAUUGGGGUCUCUUACAAAGGGGAAGAUAAGCAAUUUGCAGCUGAGGAGAUCUCUUCCAUGGUGCUCACCAAAAUGCGUGAGAUUGCCGAGGCUUUUGUCGGAUCAACUGUCAAAAAUGCAGUUGUUACAGUCCCUGCAUACUUCAACGACUCCCAGCGGCAAGCUACUAAAGAUGCUGGAGUCAUUGCUGGUUUAAACGUGAUGCGUAUCAUCAAUGAACCCACUGCUGCUGCCAUUGCUUAUGGUUUAGACAAGAAAGCCGCUAGCGUAGGUGAAAAGAAUGUGCUUAUUUUCGAUCUUGGUGGUGGUACUUUUGAUGUCUCCCUUCUUACAAUUGAAGAGGGUAUCUUUGAGGUGAAGGCUACUGCUGGCGAUACACACCUUGGAGGAGAGGACUUUGACAAUCGAAUGGUGAAUCACUUUGUUCAGGAGUUUAAGAGAAAACACAAGAAAGACAUCAGUGGAAGUCCUAGAGCUUUAAGGAGGUUAAGGACCGCCUGCGAGAGAGCUAAAAGAACCCUCUCAUCCACCGCUCAAACCACAAUCGAGAUUGAUUCCUUAUACGAAGGUGUAGAUUUCUACACCACCAUGACUCGAGCCAGAUUCGAGGAGCUUAACAUGGAUCUCUUCAGAAAGUGCAUGGACCCCGUGGAAAAGUGCUUGAGAGAUGCUAAAAUGGACAAAAGAUCUGUCCAUGAUACCGUACUCGUGGGUGGAUCCACAAGAAUCCCAAAAGUCCAGCAACUAUUGCAAGACUUCUUCAAUGGGAAGGAGCUUUGCAAAAGCAUAAAUCCAGAUGAGGCUGUUGCCUAUGGUGCUGCUGUUCAAGCCGCGAUUCUAAGCGGUGAAGGUAACGAAAAGGUACAAGAUCUCUUGCUUUUAGACGUCACUCCUCUAUCACUUGGUCUGGAAACCGCGGGUGGAGUCAUGACCGUAUUGAUUCCAAGAAACACAACAAUCCCAACCAAAAAAGAACAAGUGUUUUCAACCUACUCCGAUAACCAACCGGGUGUUUUGAUUCAAGUUUUCGAAGGAGAAAGGACAAGAACACGAGAUAACAACUUGUUAGGAAAGUUUGAGCUUUCGGGUAUUCCUCCGGCCCCUCGCGGGGUUCCUCAGAUCAACGUUUGUUUCGACAUCGAUGCAAACGGUAUUCUAAAUGUUUCUGCUGAAGAUAAAGUUGGUGGGAAGAAGAACAAGAUUACAAUCACAAAUGAUAAGGGAAGAUUGUCGAAGGAAGACAUUGAAAAAAUGGUGCAAGAAGCUGAGAAAUACAAGUCUGAAGACGAAGAACACAAGAAGAAAGUGGAAGCGAAGAAUGCAUUAGAAAACUAUGCUUAUAACAUGAGGAACACCAUAAGUGAUGAGAAAGUAGCUUCGAAGCUUGCAGCUGCGGACAAGAAGAAGAUGGAGGAUGCCAUCGAGCAAACGAUCAAUUGGUUGGAUGCCAACCAGUUGGGAGAAGUGGAUGAAUUUGAGGAUAAAAUGAAGGAAUUAGAGAGUAUUUGCAAUCCCAUUAUUGCUAAGAUGUAUCAGGCAGGUGGUGUCCCUGAUGGCGCCGGUGGGGGUGGAGGAGCCGCUCCGGCCGGUGGAAGCGGUGCUGGACCCAAGAUUGAGGAAGUGGAUUAG